UGUUUAAUUUUUAUGAAAGUUAAAAUUUUUUGUAUGUAAGGAAAGAAUGGCCGAGUCUGUAGUUUCAUAUGAAGAGUUUUCCAAGAUAUGUAGACUUUGUUUCAAUAAAGAGGAAUUACAAGCUGUGUUUGCCAUACCAGAAUUUGUACGAAAUUUAAAAAGCAUCACCAGCAUUAAAGUAACACCAAACGAUAAACUUCCAAAAUCCGUAUGUGCAGCAUGUAUCGAAAAGUUAGACUACAUUCGUUGCUUCAUUGAAACUUGCAGAAGUAACGAUGCUAUACUUAAAACUCUUUUAAUUCAAGAAAACGACAAAAGCCUUGAAACUAAGCUCAAUCCUGAUGAAAUUAAAACAGAACAGCACGAAGAAGAAAUUCAAGUAAAAGUAGAAAAUGAUGAAAACAAAGAAGGAAAUUUAAUCACCGUGAAAAUUCUCAAGGAUGAACAUCAUACACCUGAAAUUGCUGCACUGGAGAAAAAUCUCAAAGAUGAAAAAGAAAAAAUAUAUCCCUGCAAUGAAUGUGAAAAAGUGUUUGCUAGUUUGGUUUCCUUCAGGAGUCAUAUUAAAAGUCAUAGAAGGGAGAGCAGAGAUCAUCGGAUUACAAAGAAAAGGAAUGACAUGUGCAAGUGCAUAUACUGUAAUAAAUAUUUCACGAGAAAGAGCGACUUGCAGAGACAUCUGCGCAUUCACACGGGGAUGAAACUUUUCCCUUGCACUUUGUGCAAUAAGAAAUUUACCCAAAAGAAUUCACUCGAGCGCCACAAUUUUCUUCAUAAUGGAAAAUUCGCAUGUUCAACUUGCAACAAGCCUUUUACCCGUGAGAGCCACUUGGAAAACCACAUAAAGACCCACGACGAAAAGAUUAUAAACCCAGAGUUCAGCAGCAGCUUGGAUUCUCUAACGUGCAGCUUCUGUGGAAAAACAUUUAGUUCUAAAAGAUACCUGAUGGGUCACAUGCGUGUACAUGCCGGAGCAAAGGACUACGAAUGUGACGUAUGUCACAAAAUAUUCCCUGUAAAAAGUGCUUUAAAACGUCACUGUCUCAGCCAUACAGAAAUAAAAGAGUUCAAGUGUGACCAGUGCGAUGCAGCCUUUAAUUUAAACACGUUGUUACAACGACAUAAGAAAGUCCAUGACGAAAAUUCCGAAGAAAAACGCAGACUCACCUGCUCGGAGUGCGGCAAAUAUUUCCUCUUUCCCAGCCACUUACGAAGGCAUGCAGCCAUACACGACGUCAACCAAAAACCAAUAGUUCCUAGACCAAAAUCGCGAGUGAAAACACCAGGCAGGUUCUUGUGUUCUUUUUGCGGUAAGCAGUUUACGCAGGUGUCCAAUUUGAGCGUGCAUGUCCGUACCCAUACCGGGGAACGGUUCAAAUGCGAGAUUUGCGGUGGUACCUAUUUGACAAAAGACUCUCUGAAGACUCAUCAGAUGGCUCAUAGGGGGGAGAAACCCUAUCCUUGCCCCUACUGCGGCAAACGGUUCCGUAGGCCCAGUUUUUACAGACAUCUUUUGAUUCAUAAGGGCAUACGACGGUUUAAGUGUGAUAUUUGUGAAAAAACUUUCAUUCGAAAGGAUCAGUUGAGCCAGCAUCUAAGGAUACAUACCUGAAGAAAGAACAUAUGAUUUUCUAUAUUUAUUCCAUGUUUUGUUUAUUGAAAAUUUUGUUGGCUUAUGAAAAAUUUGUG